AAAGGAGGAAUGUGCUGUUCUCUUGAAUGAGCAACAACAGUUUAGUUUCCAGCAAAAAUAUAAAAUUUGUCGCUGGUUCAGUUGUUCUUUCUCAAACUCAGGCUGUUCUCUGUUGUAUAUUGCGCGCUUUCUUCAUCUUCUCUAAUCCCUGUUUGCCUGCUCAGCAUUUUGUGUAUGUCAAGAAUAUUCAUCCAGGUUUGCCCUUGUUUCUGUUCAACUACAGUAAAAGGCAACUUCAUGGUAUCUUUGAGGCUGCUAGCCCUGGUCAAAUGAAUAUAAAUCCAUAUGGUUGGACAAAAGAUGGUUCGGAGAGAACAAUGUUCCCUGCUCAGGUCCAAAUAUGUAUCAAAAAGAAUUGCCGUCCCCUGGUGGAGAAUCAAUUUAUGUCAAUCAUUAAGGGGAAUUAUUAUAGCCACUCCCAUUUCCGAUUUGAGCUAGACCAUGUUCAAGUCAGCAAGUUAAUUGUUCUGUUUUCAACCCAAGUGGUUGCAUCAUCUGCCACAAUUCCCAAAUCAAUAGGAAACUGGCAGAUAGUACAUCAAAAUCCAUCAGAACCAAGAACUAUUGGAAAUGUUGAUCCUACUCCUUGCAGUGAGUCAAAUGGCCAUUCAGGUCUCUCAGGUCCUUCAUGCCUUGACGAAAUGCCCCAGCAAAUAGGAGCUGAUAUUGAGGCAACGGAAAAGAAUGAAACAGAGCUGAUAUAUGUGAAAUUGCAAAAGUUGGCUGCGAAUUGCGAACCUUUAGACUCCUGCCCCACAAGCGAAGUUCAGGAGUUUGGAAAUAACAACAAGAUGCAUGAUGAGUAUGAUGGUUCACUAGAAGGCAAUAGGGCUCAAGAGGAGAAUCUGAAGGAGAACUCUUUAUUACCCUCAGAUUUACAGUCUAUCAUAGCUGAGUUACAAGAGCUGAAGGCUUUCAAGCAAGAAGCUAUCGAUAACCAAAAGAAGCUGCUUUCAAAAGUCCAGCAAUUACAAGAUCGUUGUACAAGGCUAGAGGCCUUGUCUAACCAGUCAGAGACAUAUGCACAUGGAACAAUGGAGUUUAGCAGUGAGCAGCUUCUGGAUCCAAAUGAUUCGAUUUUUCUAGUAGGUGGUUUUGAUGGGGAAUCAUGGCUAGCAUCACUUGACUCCUACUCUCCAUCAAAAGAUAUAAUUAAAUCUCUUAGACCAAUGAGCUCUGUUCGUUCACAUGCCUCUCUUGCAAUGUUGAAUGGUGAUCUUUUUGUAAUUGGUGGUGGAAAUUCUGGUUUAUGGUAUAAUACAGUUGAAUCCUACAAUCCUGUAAACAAUGAUUGGACAUCACUUCCUUGUUUGAACAAGCAAAAGGGGGGCUUAGCUGCAACUACGUUGUAUGACAAAAUAUUCGCAAUUGGUGGCGGAAAUGGUAUUCACUGCUUUUCUGAUGUGGAGAUGUUUGAUAUAGAUGUUGGACGAUGGAUAUCUGCUAGAUCAAUGCUGCAUAAGAGAUUUGACCUUGCAGCAGCGGACCUUCAUGGUGCCAUUUACGCUGUUGGUGGCUAUGAUGGUAGCGAGUAUUUGAGUUCUGCCGAACGAUUUGACCCAAGAGAUCAUUCUUGGAGCAGACUUGGAAGCAUGAACUCAAGAAGGGCCUGUCAUUCAUUGAUUGUACUGAAUGAAAAACUGUAUGCUAUUGGUGGUUUCGAUGGAAGAACUAUGGUAGCCAGUGUUGAAGUAUUUGACCCUCGUCAAGGGACCUGGAUGAGUGAGGCACCAAUGAACCACUCAAGGGGAUAUUCAGCAGCUGUUGUAUUGAAUGAUAGGAUAUAUGCAUUUGGGGGAAUGGGAGGAAAUGAGAAUGUUCUGGAUAAGGUCGAGCGAUACCAGGAAGGUCUUAGUUGGCAAGUGACAAACCUCAAGGCUGUGGGGAAAAGGUGCUUUGCUCCAGCUGUAGUCGUACAGCUUGCACAUUGAAAGGGCUAGGAGAUGUGAAAGCUAGAAUUUCAGAGGGGCUGGUUCAUUAAAGCUUACUGUAAUUUUGUUUACAGGAGGUACAGCAUAAGUGUUAAUCCACUUUUGUACAGAUUUUCUUGCAGAAUAGAGAAACGAAAUCCAGCAAUUCUCUCUGGUCUCCGCUAUGUUUUUGUGAAUUGGAGCUACAUAUGAUUAAUAUGAAUCUUCAUACACGUAUAGGGGCAGAUACAUAUGAAUCAAUACAGCCAAAUAUGGUAGGCUGAUGUUCA